GGAACUCUCCAAGAGCAACAUCACUCCUGCAUUGCUGCCAAUGUGCACUGUGCUUCUGUGGCCUGACUUUAAACCAGGCCAGACUGCUGAGCUGUUUCUAUGGUGCAACAUCAGAGGCUUAAGAGUCACUGCACGCAGCCAAUCAGAUGGCUUGUGGGGGAACAGUGUGGGCUGUGGUAGCUAAGAGAGUGAGUUUGUGAACUUACUUUUGUUUGGUACAGAGAGGAUAACUUUCCUAGAAGAGCAUAGGAGAAGGAAACUCAUCAUAGGAGAAGAAAACUCAUCAUUUUCAAUGGAAUGACGACCGGUUUCCUUUGGCUGCAGUCUCAGCGUGGACAUUGAGUCUUUGAAGCUAUUGAGUUCAUUCACUAUCACUUGUAUUGUUAUAGACCACUUUCUUCAUGUUUUAUGGGUGGGAAUUGAGCAAACCACGAGGAAGACUUCACUCUGAAAACAGGCUCAGUAAAAAGUAGUUUUUGGCAUCUGCUCAGGACAGAACGAAAGUUGUUCUGAAAGCUGUAGAAAAGAAAAUUCAGUUGGCAUGGCUGAUAAUGUUAUUGAGGAGACCGAUAACUACCCUGGCAAAGAUGAGCAGGACUGGGGUUAUGAAGAAGGUGUUGAAUGGGGUCUUCUGUUUCCUGAGGCAAAUGGAGAGUACCAGUCCCCCAUAAACCUGAACUCUAGGGAGGCCCGCUAUGACCCGCGGCUCCUGGAGGUGGGGCUUAACCCCAACUAUGUCGUUUGCAGGGACUGUGAAGUCAUUAACGACGGUCAUACUGUGAGGAUCAUGCUCAAGUCCAAAUCAGUUGUGACUGGGGGUCCGCUCCCUAGUGACCAUGAGUAUGAACUGAGCGAGGUGCGCUUCCACUGGGGCAAAGAGAACCAGAGGGGAUCUGAACACACUGUCAACUUCAAGGCUUUUCCUAUGGAGCUUCAUCUAAUCCACUGGAACUCUACAUUAUUCAAUGGCGUGGAGGAAGCCAUGGGCAAGAAAAAAGGCAUUCUUAUCAUCGCCCUGUUUGUGCAGAUUGGGAAGGAACAUCUUGGGCUGAAGGCCAUCACAGACGUCCUGCAGGACUUGCAGUAUAAGGGAAAGACAAAAAUAAUUCCAUGUUUUAACCCCAACACAUUACUGCCUGAUCCUCUCUUAAGAGAUUACUGGGUUUAUGAGGGCUCUUUAACCACACCACCCUGUAGUGAGAACGUCACCUGGAUUCUUUACCGUUACCCCCUUACCAUCUCUCAGAUGCAGAUUGAGGAGUUUCGCCGUCUCAGGUCCCAUAUUAAAGGAGCAGAGCUUCCAGAAGGCAAUGACGGGAUGCUGGGGGACAACUUCAGACCCACCCAGCCCCUGAGUGACAGGGUGGUCAGGGCAGCCUUCCAGUAAAACCCCCUCUGCAGGAUCCAUUUUAAUCGGCCAUGGAGAUUAGAAUGAUGAAGAACCAGAUAUGAAAGCUGUACAAUGUCCUGGCUAAAGUGAAAGUUUGAAAGUUCAUCACUUCCUGUAGAGUUGCUUGGGCAUUGUUUUGUAGUUAACCAUCCUGAGUAUGGCCCUGAUGUGUGCAAAAUGCUGCUUUUACUGUUCAUUUAAAAACACACUGGAUUUCAUGUAAACGCGUGGAAGCUAGUGAGCAUGAAGAGAAGCCUGGUGAUAAGCUUGUAUGGAAAAGUGAAAGGGUAUAUUAACACUUGAUUAAUAUUGUUAUAAUACUGCAGUUAAGAAGUUUAACAACAAUAUGUUGCAUGUGUGUAGUCCUAUAAAUGUGGCUUUAUAGGAACAUCAUACUACACAGCACAAGACUGACAUGUAAUGUUCCAUACACUGUUUGAUUAUUUCUGAUAUUCUGAUACAUAAUUUGACAUUAUCUGAAUCAGUUAAGUCAUAUAAAUGUCUGUACAUUGAAUGCUUUUACAUAUUAGCACUGAAAUAAAUUAAUGCUGUUGAAUUAACCGAUUCAAGCUCCAAA